CAGAGGGCGGCGGCGGCGGUGGUGGUAGUGGCGGCGGCGGCUGCUGGAGCAGCCAAGGAGGAUGGCGGCGGCGUCGUGGACGCGGCGGAGAUGAGCGCCCGUGGCCCCAGGCCCAGGGCGGCGCGGCCGGAGUGGGCGGGGGUCCCGAUGCAGGCCCGAGGGGGGCCAUGGGGCAGGUCCUGCCGGUCUUCGCCCACUGCAAAGAAGCUCCUUCUACAGCCUCUUCUACCCCCGAUUCCACCGAAGGAGGGAAUGACGACUCGGAUUUUCGGGAGCUACACACAGCCCGGGAAUUCUCAGAGGACGACGAGGAGGAGACCACAUCGCAGGACUGGGGUACCCCAAGGGAGCUGACCUUUUCGUACAUUGCCUUCGACGGCAUAGUGGGUUCUGGGGGCCGUAGGGACUCAGUUGCCCGUAGACCCCGUCCCCAGGGGCGUUCAGUCUCAGAACCACGAGACCCACCCCCACAGCCCGGCCUGGGGGACAGCUUGGAGAGCAUCCCUAGCCUGAGCCAGUCGCCAGAGCCGGGGCGCCGAGGUGACCCUGACACCCUGCCUCUGGCUGAGCACCCGCUGGAGGACCAGCUGGGCUGGGCUGCCCGGAGUGCAGGAUCCGGGGAGGAUUCGGCCACCAGCAGCUCCACCCCACUGGAAAACGAGGAGCCUGAUGAAUUGGAGGCCAUCGAGCCUAAGGAAGAGGCGAACCUGGAACUCCGACUUGCUCAGGCUCUACGUUCGCAACUUGAGGUCCUGACUCCUCAGCCUAGCCCCAGUUCCCGGACCCCCCAGGCUCAUACUCCAUCCCCAUCAAGAUCACAAGAUUCGAACUCCGGCCCUGAUGAACCUCUGCUGAACGAGGAAGAAGAGCAUUGGCGACUGCUGGAGCAGGAGCCAAUCACGGCACAGUGCCUCGAUAGCACAGACCAAUCAGAAUUCAUAUUGAAACCGCUCCUUCUAGGAGCAGGGACGUUCCCCUCCCCCAGCCUGGGAGUCCUGGCUCCUGCGCUGUCACUCAGCCUGGACGUGCCAGCACAGCUGCGGAGGCCCCCUCCCCCUAGCGAGCCUAAACUUAGCCCCGCCUCAGGCGACCCGGCCCCUCCCCCACCCCCUGGUCUGGCCCUUCUCUUCUAUAUCCUGACCUUCGUGGGAGCCAUCUUCAACGGCUUGACUCUUGUCAUCCUCGGAGUGGUCGCAUUGUUCACCAUCCCCCUUCUGUACAGACAGCACCAGGCCCAGAUUGACCAGUAUGUGGGGCUGGUGACCAAUCAGCUGAGCCACAUCAAAGCUAAGAUCCGAGCUAAAAUCCCUGGGACCGGAACCCCAGCAGCAUCUGCAGUCUCCGGAUCCAAAGCCAAAGCCGAAUGAGAGGGGUGUCUCUGCCCGAGGGACGCCUGCCUACACCCCAGCAGCCCAUUUCCCCUUCACUUCCCGUGCAUCCACACCCUCGCCCACUCCGCCAAGCCAUUUCCCAGUGGGAAGUGCCGGAACGACUGGGACUACAUUUCCUAAGAAGCUCUGCUCUGAGAGUCCAGGAACGGCUAGGCUCCUUAGCCGCGGAGCCUGCUGGGACUUGUAGUCGCGUAGUCGGACGCUGGUCUGCAUUUCCAUGACCCAUCGCUGGAGGCGCCGUGAGGGAUUGGUGUCUCUGAGGCCACUAACCCCUAAGCUGGGGCUUUGCAUGGGGCCCAGAGGAGCCCUGAGCUUGGAUUUACACAGUAAUAAAGACUCCUGUGGAAAAUCCACAGCCUUCUGUGCUUUAAGGCCCCUCCACUUACACCUUCCUACACUGAAAAGCAUUAAAACAAACAAAAAACCUAGUGGUAGCGCAAUCCUUAAAUCCCAGCAUUGGGGAGUCAGAGGUGGGUGAAUCUUGGAGUUUGAGACCAGCCUGGUCCACACAAUGAGUUUCGGGACAGCCAGGACUAUAUAGAGAGAUCCUGCCUUAAAACAAGCAACAACACAACGAAUGGCUGGGGGCUGUAAGAUGGCUCACCUGGGAAAGGC